AGAGGAGAGGAGGCUGAAGCAAUCUUGACAGAGAGAGAGAGAGAGAGACUCUCGAGUAUUCUUUUGACUCACUUCCUCUCUUCUCUUGCACCCUUCGAUAGAGACUAAUACAGUAACAACAACAAAGUUCACUUUCUUUUUCCGAUUACCUACCUUGUCAGGGUUCUAUCGUCCCCUGAGUAUUCUUCUUUCAACUCAAUGGUACGACUCUUCUUGUCUUCACCUUUUGAUGAAUCUCUUAGUUUUGCGAUUCAGUGGUUUAUAGUCCAUCUUUGUUGAUAUGAUCUGAUAGACUGAUAUAACUUGUAAAUCCCAAACUCUUGUAUUGAAUAAGAAAGAAGAAGUGUUUACAGCUCUGUAAUCAACAAUGGUUCACUCUCAUCAUGAGUUCACCAUCAUCGACAGUCUCAUAGCGACUGGGUAAAGAGGACUCAUAUCGUCAGUCGUCAGUCGUCAGUCGUCACUCCAGUUUACACAUACAAAGCAUAAUCAACAAAUGAACUCUCUACUCCUUGUUUAAUAUCAACUAACGGUAAAAUGAAUAACUGCAAAGACUCUUUCCCCAUCCAAAGGCCUUUCGGUACCUAUCAUGAUCCCUCUCCCUUGUGGCAGCAUAAGUUGAGUAGAACCAACCGAGAUAAGCUUCAGCAGUUCGUGUCUAUUACAGGAGCUAGUGAGAAGAGUGCUCUUCAGGCUCUUAAAGCAAGUGAUUGGCAGAUCGAAGCAGCUUUUGAUGUGUUUUAUAGUCAGCCCCAGCCUAAAAGCAAUGGUGAUAUGAGACGCUUGGAAGAGCUCUUCAAUAGAUAUAAAGAUCCAUAUUCUGAUAUGAUUCUAGCGGAAGGUGUCUCGGUUCUCUGCAGUGAUCUUCAGGUGGAACCCCAAGACAUUGUCACGUUGGUUCUUUCGUGGCAUAUGAAUGCUGCCACAGCGUGUGAGUUUUCCAAGGAAGAAUUUUUUGGUGGCUUACAGGCAUUAGGCAUAGAUUCCAUUGGGAAGUUGCAGGAAAAGCUGGCGUUUAUGCGUUCUGAGCUUAAAGAUGAACAAAAGUUUUAUGAGAUCUACAACUUUGCUUUUGGGUGGGCGAAAGAGAAGGGGCAGAAGUCUUUUGCUUUAGAUACAGCGAUUGGGAUGUGGCAGCUGCUCUUUGCUGAAAGAGAGUGGCCUUUGGUAAAUCACUGGUGUGACUUCUUGCAGGAUCGUCAUAACAAGACCAUAUCUAAGGACACAUGGGCACAGCUCCUGGAAUUUGCAAGGACGGUGAACCCGCUGCUGUCUAAUUACGAUGCAGAAGGAGCAUGGCCUUACCUCAUUGAUGAAUUCGUUGAGUAUUUGUAUGACAAGAGCGUUGUUGACAAGUAACCUAUCAUCUGGGAGAAGUGAGUAGCUCUAUUUUACAAUUUAUAACUAUUCUUUAGUGAGACUUUUUUGUUUUCUUGUCUGAAUCUUCACAUUUGAUGAUCUUUUAACUUUC